UGCCACAUCAGCAACAGUGCCACGUCAGCAACAGUGCCAUGUCAGCAGUGCCACGUCAGCAGUGCCACGUCAGCAGUGCCACGUCAGCAGUGCCACGUCAACAGUACCACGUCAGCAGUGCCACAGUGCCACGUCAGCAGUGCCCCGCCACCAUGACGGGCUCAGCUCUGGGCAUGCCAUGCCGACUGGCCAAUGAGUUCAUUGCCGAGUACCGACAGCGUUUCGAAGCUCAGCUCACACUGAUCGAGGUUGAGGAACAGCGUCAGGCGGCAGCCGAGGCUGCCCGCCUACAAGCUGAAGCGGCGGCAACAGUUGAAAAGCAGCGACUUCAAGCCGAAGCCGAAGCAGAUACCCAGGCACGCCGCAAGGAGGCCCAGGAUCUGUUACAGCGGCAUGAAGCCACCAACAUCGAAAAGCUCAAGUUUUGGCAUUUUGAACCAUCUGAGCAGCACGACGACGCGACACCGGAAGAGCAGCGCAAGGAGUUCCUGGCCAAACUUGUGACCCGGUUGGUUUACACUUGUAACCACCGACAGUCCGAGCUGGCGAAUCUCCGACGGGCGGUGCAAAACCACAAGGCUCUGCACGAGGAUGCUACACGGACACUCGAUUCCCGUGUACAGGACUUGGAGCAAGUUGCACCAAGACCAGAUGCUGGCGAGUCCAACAAGCUCGACCCGUUCACAUUUGCGAACUUCCAAUGGAUGCCCCUUCCCCGGUCCGGUCGAUUGCCGAAACCGCAUUGCAACGUGCUCAUGGAACAAUUACGAGAUUACUUGCACACUACAGUACCAACUCCAAUGAUGGACGCUGGAGUAGAGGUUGUUGACCUUUACGCCUACAUUGCGAAGAUCGACCGCGAGUUCAAGACACAACGGUACGACGACAUCGACGCGUCAUUGUUGUACAUACGCAUUCAGAUCGGAGAGGUGACCUGCAACGCUUUGAUCGAUUGCGGAGCAACUCACAACUACAUGAGUCAAAACUUUAUGGUACGCGCUGGCCUUGGGCCACGCGUUCAGAGGAAGUCGCAGCCCACGCAAGUCACGUUGGCCGACGGUCACACUCACAAGUCAAUCGACUGGUGCAUUGAUGCCGUCCCCGUGUACUUUGCCCCGCAUGCAAGCGAGGCUGUGUCCUUUGAUAUUUUGGACACCAAGUUCAACAUGAUCUUGGGCAUGUCAUGGCUGCGAAGCGAGGAUCACCCGGUGAACUUCUACCGCCGCACCGUUCACGUUCGUGAUCGGAACGGAGUACUAGUCCCAUGCACGGUGCCUCCUCCUCACCCUUCGAUCAGCUGCCACGUGGUGUCCGCCGCAAGCAUUCGAGCUUCCAUCAUCCAGGAUGACAUCGAGGAGAUGGGGGUGUGUUUUCUCCACGCCCUCCCGCCCAAAGACAUUCCAUCGACGGACUCACCACCGGACUCACGCAUCACCGAACUUCUCGACGCCUACGGCGACGUGUUCGAAACACCGCACGGAGUAGUACCGGAUCGGCCCAUCCACCACGAGAUCAUCCUCGAGGACGGGGCCGUACCUCCCCGUGGUUGCAUCUACCGCAUGAGCGAGGAAGAGUUAAGUGUGCUAAGGGCACAACUUGACGAUCUUCUCGAGAACGGCUGGAUUCGGCCUAGCUCUUCGCCAUACGGUGCUCCCGUUCUCUUCUUCCGGAAGAAGAACAAGGAGUUGCGGUUGUGCAUCGAUUAUCGCAAGCUCAACGCGCAAACUGUCAAGAACGCCGGCCCUCUUCCGCGCAUCGACGACCUCCUCGAACGACUGGGCGGCGCCAAGUUCUUCUCCAAGCUUGACCUCAAAUCGGGAUAUCACCAACUCGAGAUCCGGCAGGAGGACUGCAACAAGACCGCGUUUAAGACGCGAUAUGGGCAUUUCAAAUGGAUGGUUAUGCCUUUUGGCCUUACGAAUGCCCCAGCCACAUUUCAAGCGGCUAUGAUAACGGAGUUCCGACACAUGCUGGAUAGAUUCGUACUCAUCUACCUCGACGACAUUUUGGUAUACAGUUGGAGUUUGGACGAGCAUGUGGAGCACCUGCGCACCGCUUUGGAGUGGCUACGACAAGCCAAGUACAAAGCCAACCGCGACAAAUGCGAAUUCGCGUGGCAAGAGCUAGAGUACUUGGGACAUUAUGUGACGCCGCAAGGCAUCCGUCCGCUUGCGGACAAGAUCGAGGCCAUCCGCGUAUGGCCCGAGCCCACCAACACCACGGACGUUCGUUCAUUCAUGGGGUUGGCGGGCUACUAUCAACGCUUCAUCACCGGGUACUCAAGGAUUGCCGCACCUAUAACGAGAUUACAAUCGCCAAAGGUGCCAUUCGUAUUCGAUGAUGACGCACGCCGAUCAUUCCAAUGCUCAUGGCACCCGUCCAUAGCAUCUACGACUCCACCCUGCCAACGAGAGUGACAACCGACACUUCCGGCUAUGGCAUUG